UCUGGCAACCCUGUGUGUCCUUUUCCCCACGCCGGAAAGGAGCUUUGUCGGUGGUACUCGGCCAUAGUAAAAAACAGUAAAGUGGUACGCGGUCAGUAAAAGGUUGAGAACCACUGCGUUUAGAUCUUCGUAUUUAAUUAUGUACGUAAAAUUCAAUACAACAGUAAUUGGACUGGUUGAAUUCAAAAACCUACAUGUUCAGGAAAUGUUAAUCGAUAACAUGUUGACAAUGUAAAACACAUAAGAAGAUAGCAUUUUGUACCUCCUGCAUUCGAAUUCUUGACCAUCAGGGCAUAACAUGCUUUUUGCGUAGGACUAAGAGCUGACAAAUUCGUUGCCCCUUUUGUGCUGUGUUGGGAGAGAACGUCCUCGUGUUCAUCUGCUGCAUUGGGAUACUAGGUUGAGUUCAUUGAUGGCGAGAGAUACUUGUUCUACUCAUUAUCUUACUACAUUGUCUGGAAUUGUUGCAACUACAGUUAUUGUUUGCAUGGCGUACGGAUUGGGACUUCAGAUUUUCAGGUACAGGGAAAUCAAGUUUCUACGUCCCCAAUUUGCAACCGUUACGAAGUCAACGCCUAAUGAAAUAUUAGUUGAAAACACGUCUUUUCCUUUUAAAUAUUAUAAGCCACUGUUGGAUAUAUCCGUCGACAUUAAAAACUAUUGGUUAUAUUUUCGAUCUGUUGUGAAUAGGAUGGAUUUAAAGAACAAAACAAGUACAGUCGACGAUGGCUACGUUGCAAUGCAAAGUGGAAUAAGGAGUUUAAUGGGAAUAACGUUACCAGAAAGGCAACAUCGACUGAAAGCAAUGUCAGACCACAUAGAAAAGAAGAUAGUGGAACUUCAGUUUCCUCAUGACUGCAAAAAAGCCAGAUUAUUGCUAUGCGACAUCGGCAAUUUUUGUGGAUUUGGAUGCACGCUGCACUCACUCAUAAACUGUCUUCUGCAAGCAUUUGUUGCGGGUCGAACCAUGGUGUUCAGGUCAAAAGGAUGGCAGUAUGCAGAUGAAGGUUGGGAAUAUGCAUUUCUUGCGUUGGGAAAAUGUAAAGAUGAGAGACAACUGACCUCCAUUCCAAAAUUAUCAGAGGCGAGCGAAUCAGAAAGAGUUGUCGGUUUAAAGUCAAAAGUAGAAUCUUGGAUUCAUUGGUCCAUUCCAACCGAACUUGAAUCGGAGUUGAAACAGUUGCAUGGUCACCCAUAUGGAUGGUGGUUGUCCCGGUUCACAUCAUACGUUUUCAGAUUGAAACCAUGGCUGAAGAAACAUUUACAAACAGUUGAAGAAGAGAUAAACUUUGAAUCUUCUGUGGUUGGAAUUCACGUCAGAUGGGGGGAUAAAAUCAGGAAGGAGGCCGAAAAACAUCAAGUUGAAGAAUACAUGGUGUUUGUCGAAAGAUGGUUUGAACAACUUGAACACAGUGGCCAAUCAGUAAACAGAACGGUAUAUCUGGCAACUGAAACUCCAGCAGUUGUGGCAGACUUGACAACGAGAUAUCCGAAUUUCAAGUUUAUCGGCAGUCGUCUGGUAACCACUAAAACUAAACCAAGGUCACGUUAUGAGCAAGGAGGAUUGGAAAGUGUUUUAUCAGAUAUUUAUUUCUUAUCUAAAUGCGACUACCUUGUAUGUACUUUGUCAUCUAGCGUCUGUCGCACUGCUUAUGAAUUAUUGAACAAUCGUCAUGGAGAUGCAACAACAAGAUUCCAGACUGUAGAUACUUGGUACAGAUUGAAAAGAAAUUUUCGGAAUCCUUGGAUUGCUAUCAUGGAUCACAAUCCAGUCGAACCAGACGAGAUACAACUUCGCAAAGGUGAUCAAAUAACAGUUACACUAAGUGCUCACAUCCCCACGAACGAUGGAUUCCUGAGAGGCACUAACCAGAGGACGAAGCAACAGGGAAAAUUCCCAGUAUUCAAAGGUCGUGAACAAGUUUUUUCUUAUAAUGUAUCAGAACUAUAUGAUAUAACGUAUCCUUGGGUAUAAGAAAUCAUACCUGAUCAUUACCGACAAGGCAUAAAUACGAAUGCAUCUGGAAUAAACUCGAAUCCAUGUUCAUAAUUAACAUUAGUACUGCUUUUGUUGCGACUUACAUGAUUUAAGAGAAUAGAGAAUAAACGUGGCGUCAUUGCAA